AUGGCUUCUUCACCCAACGUUGUCGAUCCUGCGUCUCUGAGCAUGUCCGGCUACGAGGAAACCUACCCGACUCCCCCUCCCAUGUCCGAUGAUAUGGAGUCUAGCCAACCACCCGCAGACCAACCCUCCAAGAAGAAGCGGAAGGCCUGGGGUCAGCCUGUGCCGGAGAUCAAACAGAUCCUUCCUCCACGAAAGCGAGCCAAGACAGCCGAGGAGAAGGAACAGAGGAAGAACGAACGAAUCCUCCGAAAUAGAAGAGCCGCCGACAAGUCUCGACAGCGUCAAAAAGCAGCUGUGGCCGAACUCGAACAGCGGCAGAUUCGGAUUGAGAGAGAGAAUGCCGCGCUUCGAGAACUCCUGGGGCGGUAUCAGUCAAGGUUCGGCGUCCAAGAGGACUUCCCUCCUCCAGUGGCCGCCGAGCCGGCCGCCACGAAUUUUGAUGCCGUGUCAUCUCUAUUCGAUCAAAAGGUCGACUCAGCACCUUCGCCAUUUACUCCAUCUUCCUACGACACCACUGACCUCGAGUCCAACCACCCCACACUUGUUCAAUCCGACAUGACCACUCCUGUCAAACAUGAGUCACCAGUCCUGGCACCCCAACUCAACCUGAUCAACGAACAUUCCGAGGCUGAACCAUCUGACUCGAUGGCAACCUUCCAAAGCUUCCCAGCCGUCUCCGGCUUGGCACAAUAUCCUGCUGCGAUAUUGUGUGACCUGCAGUGUCAACCGGAGACCUGGGCUAUCAAGCUGCCGGAAGUUCCAUCCAGUCAGAAGGCCAACCUUGGUCUCAAUUACCUCCUACAAGUCUUCCAGACCUUGACGAUAUUUCAAACCUUCUCAGCGACAACGCUCUUGCCACUCUGCAACCUCUUCCAGAUCUUGGCUCAGCGAUUGUCAAUGACCUCGACGGAACAGGAUUUCUCCUCCAUCCUGACCAACUUCCCACUAAUUCAUUCUUUGAUUUCGAUGCCUUCGACAUCGACCAGGCCAGCGGUCUUCCGCAUGAAACUCCUGAGCCGACUACUCGCAUGCAGCCCACACAUGGCGCGCCUAUUGCUGGCAGCGACAGACCGGGCUUUGCAGCAAGUGGUUAGCGAAGAUGGUUUCGCCGAAGAUCCUGACCGUCGAUGGACUUGGUCGAGUCUGAUGACCAUUAAGUGGGUGAUCUUGAGGCUGGAAAGAGAGCACCGGAAGAUCCGACGCCAGGUCUGGACAAGCCGGGAGGGAGUCUCGGAAGGGGAGGUUAUGGCUGGCGUUGACUAUGGCGCCGUGGCCAGGAGCUCUCAGCUCUGGCAAGGACAAGGCAUGGACGGGAAAUCCAAUUGUAAAAUUACUAGAACGGAGGGUUGGGUGCCAGCACAGGAAGUGCACUAA